UAUAACCUUGCCUCCAAAAACCUGGUAAUUCUUGCUGCUCUUCUGAGACGAUCAUAUUCAUUCUCAUCGCCUGCAGAAGCAAAGUCCUUUCCUACCCUGAGCAUCCCGAAGGAACACUGCCAUAAUGUCGUCGCCAAGAGGUCUGUUCGUGGGAGGAAACUGGAAGAUGAACGGAACGCUCGAUUCGAGCAAGAAGCUCAUCGACCACCUCAUCGCGUCCAAACUCGAUGAGAGCACUGAGAUCGUUGUCGCUCCUCCGUUCAUCCACCUGCUGCAGGUCAAGGACUACCUCCAGGCUUCGUCGCACCCGAACAUCAAAGUUAGCGCACAGAAUGCCUACCACAAGAGCUCCGGUGCCUUCACCGGUGAGGUUUCCGUCGACCAGCUGGUCGACGCCCAGGUCCCCUGGGUCAUCAUCGGCCACUCGGAGCGCCGCACGCUCUUUGGCGAGGCAGACCACAAUGUUGCAGAGAAAACCAAGGCGGCGCUCGAAGCUGGCCUCAGCGUCAUCCUCUGCAUCGGAGAGACGCUCGAGCAGCGCGAGAAGGACGAGACCGUCUCUGUCGUCACGAGGCAGCUUAACGCUGUUGAGCAGGAGGUCAAGGACUGGAGCAAGAUCGUCGUCGCAUAUGAGCCGGUGUGGGCUAUUGGCACGGGUAAAGUCGCUACAUCACAGCAAGCGCAAGAAGUGCACUCCGAAAUCCGCAAGUGGGCCGCGAGCAAGCUUGGCCAGUCUGUCGCCAACAAGCUGCGCAUCAUCUACGGCGGUAGCGUCGCUGCCAAGAACUGCAAGGAGCUCUCUACUCAAGCGGACAUUGACGGUUUCCUCGUCGGCGGUGCCUCGCUCAAGCCAGAGUUCGUGGACAUUGUCAACGCACGCCUCUAGUUCUAUCCUGUAUCUCUGAAGGGUGGAAUGACAUGGGACGAUC